UCUCGUUGCCGUUCAUUCUUUAUUAUCGCCGUUCUUCCCGGGCCGCCGCCGUUUGACGGGGUCGAUACUUUCGUUUGAGACGCUCACUUAUCCGACCACUACUCCAGAAUGGCGGGGGAUGUUGAAGAAUUAUGGCCGGUCAGCGAUAUUGUUUACACCUCCAUCGUGGGGGUGGUUAUGCUGGCCGCCCUACUCGAGUGGUUCCUAUGGAUAGCCGCCUUUCUUUAUUGCUUAUGGAAGGUGUUUGUCAAAGCCGAACACUGGACAGUCCGGGUACUGGCAGUGGGUGUAGGCGUUGCGUUUACACUGCUCAGAGCCAUCUUCCUGCCAAUUAUGGUGGUGACGCUGCCACUCCCUAGUGUCAUUGCCCGUGUCUGGCCUGAGUUUAUGGUUUCGUUCCUCCAAUGGUUUGCCUUCUGGAGCUUCGCCGGUCUCUUAACCAUUCCCUGGUUGUUCUGCGUCUACCAGAUUGUCACGCACCAACUCGGUCGGACCAAGCGGAUCAAGCAGGUUCUCGACGAGGUAUCCGCCCCGAAGGUCGUCAUUGUCAUGCCUUGCUACAAAGAGGAGCCCGACGUACUCGUGGCCGCCGUCAACUCGGUCGUUGACUGCGACUACCCGCCUUCUUGCAUUCACGUCUUCCUCUCAUUCGACGGUGACCAGGAAGACGAAUUGUACCUCAACACCAUCGAGAAACUGGGAGUGCCCCUGACGCUCGAGUCAUACCCCAAGAGUAUCGAUGUGACCUACAAAGCGGCCCGGAUCACUGUCUCGAGGUUUCCCCACGGCGGAAAGAGACAUUGCCAGAAGAUGACCUUCAAGCUCAUCGACAAAGUCUACCAAGAGUACUUGCGGAGGAACGACAACCUGUUCAUUCUCUUCAUCGAUUCGGACUGCAUCCUAGAUAAAGUUUGCCUGCAAAACUUCGUGUACGACAUGGAGCUGAGUCCGGGCAACAGGCGAGACAUGUUGGCCAUGACUGGAGUUAUCACGUCGACAACCAGAAAGCACAGCGUCAUCACGCUCCUCCAGGACAUGGAGUACAUCCACGGUCAACUCUUUGAACGAACGGUUGAAUCCGGGUGCGGCUCCGUCACCUGCCUGCCCGGCGCCCUGACGAUGCUCCGGUUCUCGGCCUUCCGGCGCAUGGCGAAGUACUACUUCGCCGACAAAGCCGAGCAAUGCGAGGACCUCUUCGACUUUGCCAAGAGCCAUCUGGGCGAGGACCGGUGGCUGACCCAUCUGUUCAUGAUCGGCGCGAAGAAGCGGUAUCAGAUCCAGAUGUGCACGUCGGCCUUUUGCAAGACCGAGGCCGUCCAGACGAUGGCUUCACUCAUCAAGCAGCGCCGCCGGUGGUUUCUGGGAUUCAUCACCAACGAAGUCUGCAUGUUGACCGACUGGAGGCUGUGGAAGCGGUACCCGAUUCUCGUGCUUGUCCGGUUCAUGCAGAACACCAUCCGGACUACAGCCCUGCUCUUUUUCAUCAUGGUCAUAGCACUGAUGUCGACUUCCAAGGGGAUCAACGAUCUCCCCGUCGGCUUCAUCGCCAUUUCGUUGGGGCUGAACUGGAUGCUCAUGAUCUACUUCGGCGCCAAGCUCCGCCGCUUCAAGAUCUGGCUCUACCCCGUCAUGUUCGUGCUCAACCCCUUCUUCAACUGGUACUACAUGGUAUACGGCAUCUUCACGGCGGGCCAGCGCACCUGGGGCGGCCCACGUGCGGACGCCGCGACCGCUGACUCGCAGACCACCGCGCAAGAAGCCAUCGAGAAAGCCGAGGAGGCCGGCGAUGACCUCAACAUCGUUCCAGAAUCCUUCAUCCCCGCGGCGCAAGAACGCGCAGAGCUAGACCUCGCCGUGGGCGAAGACGAAGACGACGGCCAGGACAAGGAGGGCACCACCAAAAAGAAGAAGAAGAGCAAAAAGGGCAGGAGAAAGCCCACCGCCACCACCGCCGGCAGCGGCAACAGCACCGGCGUGCUCCUCCUCCCACCAGACAAAGUCGACGGGCGCUUCGCCGCACCAGAACGAACCCCAUCCGGGUGGUACCAACACCCCGACGACUCCGUCUUCACCCUCCCCUCCCCCUCCACCCCCUUCACCGGCACCUCCCCCAUCACCGACGCAAACACCAAAUUCAACCGCGCCAUCCCCCUACACACCACCCGCAACCACCACCACGGUCACCCCCCCCACCCCCACCCCCAUCACACCACCUCCCCCAACGCCAACACCAACGGCCAAAACCAGCGCGACUCCUUCGACAGCGCCUUCUCAUCCCACAUCGCCGGCAACCUGUCCACGUCCAUGUCGGUCUACAUGCCGCGCCGCGUCGAGAGCAUCAUGGGCGACGAGGACCGCCGCAAGUACGAGCUGGCCCAGGCCAGCCACAUCAGCAGCAUGCUGGCGCGCAGCGGGGAAGGGUCGCGCGUCUGGCGUGGCGUGCAGCACUCCGGGUCGCAGCAUGGGCAGCAGCAGCAGGGGGGGUAUGUGGUCGGGGUGAGUGUGCAGCAGCAGCAGCAGCAACAACAGCAGCAGCAGCAGCAGCAACAACAACAACAACAGCAGCAGCAGCAAGGGGCCGGGGUUGAUCUGUUGAGUGGGAGUGUUGCUGGUGCCGGGGGCAGGCAGCCCCUCGUUCCGCCGCCGCCUCCGGCUCAGGCUACGGGGACGAGGUCCGGGAGGAGUCCGCUGGGGAGGGCGAGCUGGACGCGCCCCGUUACGAGGGAUGAGGUUGAGGCGGAGAUUGAGGACUCUCACGGUCACGGGCAGGGAGAGGGGAGUUGGUCCUCGUCGUUGAGGGAUGGGCAGGGGAGAGGGGGAAGGUAG